GCUAGGCGUUACAGUGUUCCUUAAAGUUCUUUGCUUAUUUGCACGUGCCAAUAAGUUCUUUCGAUAUAUGUAAUUAAUAUUGUGUUUUACGUUAUAUAUUUAUUAACAUAUAAUAAUAAAAAAAGUCCGAAGAGCAAAAUGGUUGUAAUAGGAAAGAAAAAAUAUCAAUCUGGAGAAGGAGCACAAUUUAUGACCAGGAAAUCUGCGUUAAAGAAAUUACAACUUUCUUUAAAUGAAUUUCGAAAAUUAUGCAUAUUGAAAGGAAUAUAUCCAAGGGAGCCUCGUAAUCGUAAAAGAGCACAAAAAGGUGAAGUUGGAAUAAAAACACUGUAUCAUAAAAAGGAUAUUCAAUUUUUGAUGCACGAACCAAUUAUAUGGAAAUUAAGGGAUUACAAAAUAUUUAAUAGAAAAGUAGGAAGGGCAAGGGCAAUGAGAGAUUUUGCAGAAAUGAAAAGAUAUUUAAGUAAACAUCCUACUUUGAAAUUAGAUCAUAUUGUUAAAGAACGUUACCCGACAUUCAUCGAUGCUUUAAGAGAUCUAGAUGAUUGUUUAACUUUAUGUUUCUUGUUCAGUACAUUUCCGUCCUUAGCUCACAUACCACGUGAUCAAUCAUCUUUAUGCAGGAGACUAACCAUUGAAUUUUUACAUUAUGUAGUAGCAGCAAAAGCCUUAAGAAAAGUUUUUAUAUCCAUUAAAGGUUAUUAUUAUCAAGCUGAAAUUAAAGGUCAGAUGAUUACUUGGAUUGUACCACAUCAUUUUUCUUUCGAGCCACAAGAGAAAAGAGAAGUUGAUUUCAAAGUUAUGUCUAUAUUUGUGGAAUUCUAUAUUGUGAUGCUUGGCUUUGUAAAUUAUAGGCUUUAUCAUUCUCUUAAUUUGUUUUAUCCUCCACAAUUUAAUAAUACUGUACCAUGUGAAAAGAAUCUUGUAGACGAGGAAGCAUUUGUAUCAGAAAGAAUAAGUGCAUUAAAUGUACCUCUUCUAGCAUUAGAUCCUGCUAUACAAAAUGUAGAUGAUGAAGAAAUGGAAAUAGAUCAAUUCUCUAAAGAUGCUGAUGCACAACAAUUGGAAACUGCAAAAUUAGAGGGCGAGAAAAUAAAGAAAUUAAAAACAUUAUUUAAAGGUUUGAAGUUUUUCUUAAAUAGAGAAGUUCCAAGAGAACCAUUAGUUUUUGUUUUACGUUGCUUCGGAGGAGAGGUUUCUUGGGAUAAAUUGUUGUUCGUUGGCGCAACUUUUGAUGAAAAUGACGAAACAAUUACACAUCAGAUUGUAGAUAGACCUAGUAUGGAUAAACAAUUCUUAUCUAGAUAUUAUGUGCAGCCACAAUGGGUAUUCGAUUCAGUGAAUGCAAGAGAAUUGUUGCCUGUAGAAAAAUAUUUAAUGGGCGCUAUUCUUCCUCCACACUUGUCUCCAUUCUCUGAGAGCCGAUUAGAUCAAACGUACAUUCCACCGGAGGAACGUGCGUUGAUUGAUCCUGAAUAUAAGCUCAGAAAUGUAGAAGAUGAUGAAUCGUCUUCUGAAGACGAAGAAGAUGAAGAUAAAUUGGAAAAUAAAACAGGAAACAUGGAUGAAGAUUCGAACGAUAGUAAAAAAGAAGAAGAAGAAGAAGAUGAUGAUGAUGAUGAUGAUGAUGAUGAUGAUGAUGAUGAUGAUGAUGAUGAUGAUGAUGAUAUUGAGAUAUCAGAUAGAGAAAAAGAAAAAGAACGUGAACGACUGCAAAAGAAAAAGGCAAUGAAAGUGAAGGCAGGUGAAAUAACGAAGGAAGAUCCUUAUGAAAAGGAACGUCAAGAUAAACAAGAAUAUCGACUUAGAGAAAAAAUGAUUAAGAAGAAACAUCGAAAUUUGUAUAAGAGUAUGAUGCAAGGUCGUAAAGAGAGAGCAAAAGAAAUCUGGUUACUGCGGAAAAAAAGGCGAAUUCAUGAUAAUACUGAAAAAGAAAAACAUAAAGAAACUCGUAAAUUACGAAGAAGUAAUCUUAUUGAAUAAAAAUAAAAAAAAAAUAAAAAAAAAAAAAAAAUAAAAAAGAUAAUAAAAAAAAAAAAUAAAAAAAAAGUUAUUACGACAUUAAUUAAUGAUAAACAAAAGAUAGUUUCUUCGUUUUUCCUAAUUUUUAUACUAAUUUAUUUCAAUGUAAGAUCACUUAUACAGUCACUUUCUCGAUCAGCAUAUAUACAGUUAUAUAUUACAGAAAAAAAGAGAAAGAUGCCUUCGAUCCAGUCCUCCUACUAAAAGUGCGCCCACACAUUCAACAAUUCUGAUCUUUGCUUUUUCCAUUGAAGGACUUUGAAGGCCAUACUUCCUACACUCUUUAACCCACGCCUUCUCCUCACAUGUAUAUUCAUUAAUACACACACAUAUAUUUGCAGUGUGUCUUAUAGCGACGAUGAUAUCAUCGGACAUAAAGAUUUCUAUCCUAGUACAUUGAUCUUGAAAAGUAGAUAUUUUUCUAUUUUUUUUUUAAUAAUUCAGUAUUCUUUUAGCUUGAUUUUUUUUCUUAAAUAUCGUGUAUUUUACAUAACAUGUAUUUUAUAUUAAUUGAUUUGAUAAUAUUACAAUGAUCAGUUUCAUUGCAAUCAAACAAAAAGAUGGCUGUAACGAGUAUGAAGAAAUUGAUUGUAGAGAGUCGAUUUUACGGUGCUAAUUCAACUCUAUAAUUUGGUAGAUAGAUGUGUAUGUAUCCAUGCGAGAUCCUGUGUAUCCAUGCAUGUGUAGGACUAUACAUGUGGCACGAUGUGUACACAUUGGAUGCUUACGUCAUCCUUGCUAUUCCUGUUCCAGCUCAUCUUCUUCGAGUAUCCUUAAAUAUCUUUGUCCCUCCGAAUGCUCACAACCGGCUGGUAACACCCUAAUUUUCUUGUCGAGUUCUGCUGUUGAAUAGCUGACCUUGAAGAUCUUAUACUAAUAUUAUAUGCAUCUAUGUUUACUUUGACUUUACUUUUCUUUUAUUUUUACAUUUUAUUUUACAUUACAAGAUGUACAAUUGCUGUUUUAUUUUCUUCAAUGAUUUUAUUAUCAUUAUUAUAAGAUCUUUAUAUUUUAUAGUUUUACGUUUUUUAAAAUUUUUAUUUGAAAUAUUUCUUUUGCAAAGAAUUAUCGAUUUUUAUUUUAAAAUAUAGUGACGUAUGUACGUGGGCAGUAUGCGGGUAUUGGACUACCUACGUAGAUGUUUGUUACGUAUUUUAGAUUGUAAUAUCUUCUUACUCACGAAUUAUAAACGAAUUUCUUUUUUUCACGGAUUGAAUAAUAGAGUAUGAUAGUGUAAUGAGAUUUCAAUUAAAUUCGGUUGAAUAAUCUUGUCAUCGAUAAGUUCAAAGAACUUUAAAUACGACUUUUAACGUAUCGCGCACAUGCAAGACACGUCUUCAUCGAAUGAAAUUUUACUCUUGAUAAAGACAAACGAUGGAUGAUUCGUUCGGGACGAACGGUUCACUGUCUUUGAUAUAUUCGUAGUGAAUAUUACGGUGACUUGAACGCGUGGUAAGGAACUCAACAUCAAAAUCUUAAAAGUAUGACGUAAUUAUUGCAUUUUUGCUUCUAAGUAACUUGACAAAAUUGUAAGAUUAAUUAUAAUUAAAUUAUAUUAUUUUAUU